AUGCGCUCUAUUCUGGUUGCCCUAGCCGUGGGAAAUGGCACUGGCCCUGAAUUACUGGCUAUAUUUGAGAAGGUCAUUAUCGCACUAGCAGCGCCAUACAAUGUGGAAAUCCGAUUCGUCACUUCUCCGCGAACUUAUCAUUCCUACUCAACGCUCCUGGCCAUCAAUGACACCGAUGUGGUGAGUAGCGAGACCCUCACGGAUGCGGAUCACUAUGAAGCCUUCUGUCGCCAAGUAGUUAGUCUUGGGGCAUGCGCGAUAUUUCGAACAUCCAUCAGUGCACAGGCGCUGUAUAUGGUUCGAGACAGGCUACAAGCUGUGAAAAUUGAGCAUUUUAAACUGAGCUCCUCUGCGUCGAUGCUGCUAGUGCGGGAUCAGGCUCAGGGAUUCUACUCUGGUUUGAACAAGAUGGACUCAAACCAGGAGACAGUCUCACGAUCAUCAUAUUUCAGCAAGAAGGUCUUUGAUCAAAUCCUUACCUUUUCACUUGCACGUUCCCGCGAGGUUUGGGGCUCUGAACCCCCCACUGUUACUCUAGUGUACAAAUUCCACCUCUUCGACGGGCUUUUCUACUCAUGGGCAAAGGAGUGGAAGAAAUCCUACGGCGUGGAUAUCCAAUUCAUACAAGGCGACACGAUGAACCGCAAUCUCCUAGCAUUCGGCGUCCAGGGCAAUCAGCUGUUGAUAUGCUCAAAUGAAUACGCAGACAUCAUGCAGACGAUGCUGCUGGAUCGGUUUGGCUUUGGAGCACAGGAGUCUGCCUGUGCGGAGAACGUUUAUCUCGCAGCCGGAGUGGAUAAAGGCCUAAGCGAGUACCAGACAGCGCAUGGCUCCGCAGACGACAUUACCGGGAAGGGUGUAGUCAAUCCAACAGCGACCAUUCGCGCGGCGGCAGCUCUGUUAGAACGCUAUGGAGGUUGCCAGGGUGUCCAACGCCAAAUGGAUAUUACCCUGGACGAGCUGCGUGCGAAGAAUAUCCGGACAUUCGAUCAAGGCGGGACGACGAAGACUGAACCCUUUGUGGAUGCUCUCCUGCGAAGGAUCGCCCCCAAUCUCCCCAUAAAUGUUAGCGCAAACCAUCCUGGUGCCGAGGGUCCGACUUCGGCCCCCCACCGGGUCGAUUCGUAUUCGCCCCACCGGGCCAAGUCGUGUCUGGUAGUCAUGGAUUUCCAGAAUGACUUCAUGGCGCAAUACAAGACACCACGGGUGAUGCUACGAAUUAAAGAGUACAUGCCGCGCGUCGUGGACUGGGCUCGUCGCGAGGGAAUUGAAAUUGCCUGGGUGCGAUUCCUUGGCGAUGAGAAGUACCAACCAGCGACAUGGCGACAGCGCAAUCAGAUGCAGGGCCGGCGGGCGUGGUGCAAAGAGGGAAGUUGGGGAGCGGAGAUUGCCAGCUGCGUGCAGGUGCAUACAGCCGACCGGGUCUUUGACAAAAAGGCGUAUUUUGACCCGUUCCUUGGGGAGGAUUUUACAAACUAUGUUACCCGAUUCGAGCAUCUCGUGGUUGUGGGUCUGUUUGCGGAUAUUUGUGUGGACGCCGCGGUCCGAGGCGCUUUCCAGCGGGGGCUGUGGACCACUGUGGUCCGCGAGUGUACGGCGGGUCUGCAUUUACCAGAGGAGCAGAGCUUUGCCUACAUGCAAGCUGUUUAUGGGUCUGAAGUGGUGGGGAUCAAUCAAUUCCUCUCCACCGGGCCGGUGGCUAAUCUGUGA